AGUCUAAAAUGUAAUGUGAUGCUCAUGCAUGAUUUAGGUUACAAUAUGAGUGACCUCGGUUAGGUGAUGACCUUCACCUUAGGUCAAAUUCUCAAAAUGCCCUUUUGUCAAAUUUAAUUUAAUGUAAAAACGGCUAGAGCAUUUGCCUUGGGUUCACACUCGCCUUCUUCGGUAGGGAAAUGGGAAAGGGCCGAUUUCAUUUUCCACCAACUCGAGAUGAAGAGCUCAAGCAACGCUCCUGUGCCUGGCUCUCACAGUCGCAUUUUCUCAAACGAUUGACAGGUGGCAGCACCUGCUUGACAGCUAGCGUUAAUAGCUCGAGGGUCACAUGAGAACACGAAGCGCCUGGGGCGACAUCUAUAAUCCACAGUCAUAUGACACCGAUAAAAAAGAUAACAAACAUCUUGAAGCAAAGUGGAUGAGAACUCGCUCUGUGUCUGUUGUGGUUGCGGGCCCGUCGGCUCUUUUGGUGUGAUCUUGCCCACCUUCGAAUAGGAGUACUAGGGAAUAGUUUUUGCAUGGUGUAAUUUUUCAAGACAAACGGUCUAAAAGUUGCCAGCCAUGGACUGGGGCCUGUUCAAGAGUGAGCACAUGGAGCUCUACCAGCUCUUCCUGCAGACAGAGGCAGUCUACAACUGUGUCUCAGAGCUCGGAGAGCUGGGGGCUGUCCAGUUCAGAGAUCUCAACCCGAACGUGAACGCGUUCCAACGCAAGUUUGUGAACGAAGUUCGUCGGUGCGAUGAAAUGGAACGCAAGCUCAAGUACUUUGAGCGUGAGAUCAACAAGGACGAAAUUCCCAUGCUGGACACCGGCGAGAGCCCCGAGGCUCCUCAGCCCAGGGAGAUGAUUGACCUGGAGGCUUCCUUUGAGAAGCUGGAAAAUGAACUGAAGGAAGUCAAUGGCAAUUCAGAAACUCUGAAGAAGAACUACCUGGAGCUUACAGAGCUCAAACAUAUCCUGCUCAAGGCUCAGCACUUUUUCGAUGAGAAGGAGACCCAGCACGUGCAGGAGGGCAUCCAGCAAUCGCUGGUGGCUAACGAUGAGGUCGGCAGACAGGGCGCCUCCGGCCAGCUCAACUUCGUCGCCGGUGUGAUUAAGCGGGAGCGAGUGCACGCCUUCGAGCUGAUGCUGUGGCGCGCCUGCCGCGGAAACGUCUUCCUGCGUCAGGCCGAGAUCGAGGAGCCGCUCGAGGACCCCGUGUCGGGUGAGAUGGUAAACAAGAACGUCUACAUCGCCUUCUUCCAAGGUGACCAGCUCAAGUCUCGUGUGAAGAAGAUCUCGGAGGGUUUCCGCGCCACCGUCUACCCGUGCCCGGAGACACCGACGGAGCGCCGCGAGAUGAAGACGGGCGUGCUGACCCGCAUCGAGGACCUCAACACGGUGCUGGCGCAGACGCAGGACCACCGGCAGCGCGUGCUGGUGGCCGCCGCCAAGAACAUCCGCAUCUGGUUCAUCAAGGUGCGCAAGAUCAAGGCCAUCUACCACACGCUGAACCUCUUCAACCUGGACGUGACGCAAAAGUGUCUGAUCGCUGAGUGCUGGAUCGCGGUGGAUGACGUCAGUGCCGUCCAGCUGGCGCUGCGGCGCGGCUCGGAGCGGGCUGGCUCCAGCCUCAGCCCGGUGAUGAACCGGAUCCCCACGAGCGAGGCGCCGCCCACCUUCAACCGCACCAACAAGUUUACCAACGGCUUCCAGACGCUGGUGGACGCGUACGGCGUGGCCAACUACCGCGAGAUGAACCCCGCGCCGUACACGGUGAUCACGUUCCCGUUCCUGUUCGGGGUCAUGUUCGGCGACCUCGGGCACGGCUGCAUCAUGGCGCUGUUCGCCCUCUGGAUGGUGCUCAACGAGCGCAAACUGGGCGCCAAACGCAUCGACAACGAGAUCGCUGCCAUCUUCUUCGGCGGCCGGUACAUCAUCCUGCUGAUGGGCAUCUUCUCCAUGUACACGGGCAUCAUCUACAACGACAUCUUCUCCAAGUCGCUCAACAUCUUCGGCUCGUCGUGGCGCAUCGGCUUCACCGAGCUGGAGAUCAACAGCACUGAGCUCGAGACGCUGAUGCUGCCGCCGGAGAACGCCUCGUGCUACCGCGGCGACCCGUACCCGUUCGGCUUCGAUCCCGUCUGGCAGAUCACCGAGAACAAGGUCACCUACCAGAACGCCUUCAAGAUGAAGCUGUCGGUGCUGCUGGGCGUCGCGCAGAUGGUGUUCGGCGUGGCCCUCUCCGUGUUCAACUAUGUCAACUUCCGCCAGAUCUCCGACAUCUUCACCAUGUUCCUGCCGCAAAUGCUGUUCCUGCUGUGUCUGUUCGGCUGGCUGUGUGUGCUGUGCCUGCUCAAGUGGUCCAUGUACAGCGCCUCCUACGACGGCCGCUACAGCGCCCACUGCGCGCCCUCGCUGCUGCUCAUCUUCAUCAACAUGUUUCUCCUGAAGGACAGUGACGCCGAGGUGGAUGAAGAUGAUGCGAAAAGUGGAUGCCAAGGCUACUUGUUCGACGGCCAGCGGGAGCUGCAGUACGGCCUGCUGGCGCUGGGCGUCAUCUGCAUUCCCUGGAUGCUGUUGGUGAAGCCCAUCAUCAUCUACCGACAGCGGAAGGCAGCGGCGCGCGCGGCGCCGCUGCCGCACACGGCCGCCGAGCCGCGCACCUCGGACGCACCGGCCGCCGCCCACGAGGAGGAGGAGGAGUUCAGCGAGGUCUGCAUCCACCAGGCCAUCCACACCGUGGAGUAUGUGCUCGGAUCCAUCUCACACACGGCUUCCUACCUCCGACUCUGGGCGCUCUCACUGGCACACUCCCAGCUUUCGGAGGUGCUGUGGACCAUGAUCCUGGUGAACGGCUUCAUGCUGACCACCGAGUACUACGGCAGCGUCAUCCUGUUUGCCAUCUUCGCCAUGUGGGCGGCGCUGACGGUCAGCAUCCUGAUCGUCAUGGAGGGCCUCUCAGCCUUCCUGCACACGCUGCGUCUGCACUGGGUGGAGUUCCAGUCCAAGUUCUACAAGGGCGAGGGUUACCUCUUCACGCCGUUCAGCUUCAGGGAGAUCCUGAAGGAGGCGGACGCGGUGGAGUAGGGCUCGUCUGCGCCAGACUGGGGCGCCGCGCGGUCGACCACCUCCCCCAGCCACCUCAGCGGUGUCCCGGAGCGAGCCACGUCCGUCGGGCGAACCUCGUGUCAGCGGCCACUUUGCUACACCAUUGUUUACUCGUUUCGCAUGCGCGGCUCAAUUUGUAUCUCCCCCGCGCGGUGCCAGUGCCUCAAAUGAUAUCGAAUCUAAUCAAAAUCUGAGCAAUAAGCGCUCGUGACCAGUGCCUUUGUAUACUGUCCGAUGUAAUAAUUGUAUCGCUGUUAAUUGAUGGCGUAUGCCACACAUUGGUGACCCACCGAUGGAAUGGGAGACUGGGUUUUGAUCCAUGCUGAUAGUGCUUUCAGUGAUUCAAGCGGGACUUUGAAUCAGCCACAAAUGAACCAUGACAACUGUCGUCCAGCUGCAGCCAUCGGACUGUGGAUGCUACUCAGGGAGUCCACGGGCUCCCUAAUAUGUUAUUCCAAAGAUUGUGUAAUACAUGCUUUGAUAAUCA